AUGGUUUUCUACGCAUAUGUCAAACAGAUCACGGACAACGUGACCUAUCGAUACACGAUUACCUUUGAUAGUCGCGAAGUUGCGGACGAGUGGUGGCGUGCCGUGUCCACUUCCACCGUCACUAGUUUCAUUACCAGUGUUCAGCGUGUCAACGCCCAGUUCUACACUCAUAACGUGAACGUGGCAAACGCCGCCAACUCCCUCACCACGACUGGGGUUGCGACUGAUUUCCUCGGCAAGGUGUUUUUCACCUUGGAGAAUGACUUGGGUGGUCGUGGCUUGAGCAUCAUCCCACCGCUCGAACAUUUCGCGGACCACAUCAGCGGAAACUCUUUCUUCAUUCGCUCCAAAGUCGCUCCUUACGACUAUUGGUACUAUCCCACAUCGUCUAACACAACGAACGCGUCUCACAGCGGUACUGCAGGCACCGUCAUGAUUGGCUCUGACGAUGUCGUUAUCACGUUGACCACCGCUGGUCUGUCGGUCAACGUCGAUGCCACCACCGCUCAAGUGAUUCUUUCACUUGCUCCUCUGACGGGGUUGACUCUUAGUACCCUUUUGACCAACUUCACCGUUGGGUCUUCCUUGUCCGUCAACGAUGAGACCGUGAAGGAACUCCUCUACACGGUGAAUGGGGAAGAGUGGGAACUCGCUUGA